UUUUUUUUUUAAUAUAGCCACCUUCCUUCUUUUUAAUAUUUUCUCAUGAAGAUCUCUUUUGCCAUUGCUUCAGCUGCAUUACUGUUUUGUGCCGUUGACGCCGAAACUUUCCUUUUUCCUAUUCCUCAAGAAGUCAAUUGGACUGGUCAUGGUGCUCCUCUUUCUAGUGACUUCAAAAUCAUUGGUGCUAAAAAUAAUCAUGUCAAGGAUGCUGCUACUCGUUACCAAAAACUGAUUCACAAGGAAAAAUGGUCUCCUGUUCAAGUUCCUUAUGAAAAACAACCUCCGCUCAAGAAGGCCAAUGCACUCACAAAUUUAAAGAUCAACGUCAAGAACGAUAAUAUCAAACUUGAUAUUGAUAUAGAUGAAUCUUAUACUCUCAAUGUACCUUCCAAUGGCGGUUCUGCUACUCUGAAUGCUCCUACUUGGGUAGGUGCUCUUCGUGGUCUUGAAACAUUCUCUCAAUUGGUCACCAAAUCUAGUCAUGGUUCAGUCGUUCAUACUGCCUCCAUUUCUGAUAGUCCAUCCUAUGGUCAUCGUGGUAUUUCUCUGGAUACUUCUCGUAAUUUUUAUCCUGUCAAAGAUAUCCUUCGCACAAUCGAUGCUCUUGCCUUUAACAAGAUGAAUGUACUCCACUGGCAUGCCACUGACUCUCAAUCUUGGCCCCUUGAAUUCAAAUCGCAUCCGGAGCUUUCUGCCAAAGCCGCUUAUUCUUCUGAAGAAACUUACUCUCCCAAAGAUGUACAAACAGUUAUCAAGUAUGGUCAAUCUCGUGGUGUACGUGUGUAUGUUGAAAUUGAUAUGCCAGCUCAUACUGCCUCUAUUGGUGAAUCUCAUCCUGAUGUUAUGACAUGUCUCAAUCAAUUUUGGGGUCCUUUGGCUGCUGAACCUCCUGCUGGUCAACUCAAUCCUCUUAGCAACAAAGGUCUUAAUUUGGUAAAAGACCUGAUCAAGGAAGCUACUUCGAUUUUCCCUGAUACUCUCUAUCAUACUGGUGGUGAUGAAAUCAAUGGCAAAUGCUGGGAACAAGAUACUCAAGUCGCUGCUUAUCUCAAGAAACAUAACAUGACCACCGAUCAACUUUGGGUACAAUGGACAAAAAAGAUCUUUGAUUAUGUCAAACAACACACCAAAAAACGCCCUGUCAUCUGGGAAGAUCCUAUCAAUGCCGACAAAGAUGAUACGUUUGACAAGAACACCAUCGUACAAAUCUGGAACACUCCUGCUGCUAACUAUACUUCCAAGGGUUAUGAUGUAAUUGUUUCUAGCAAUGAUUACUUUUAUUUGGAUUGUGGCAAUGGCGGUUGGGUUGGCAAUGAUACUCGUUAUAUUAGUCCUACUCAAAUGCAAACUCCGGAUGAUACCUUCAAUUAUGGUGGUAUUGGUGGUUCAUGGUGUGCUCCUUACAAGACCUGGCAACGUAUUUAUACCUUUGAUCCUACUUAUGGUAUCAAGAAAUCUCAUAAGGGUAAGGUAUUGGGCGUCGAACUUGCUCUUUGGUCUGAACAAUCUGGUCCCACUGUACUUGAUAUGAAACUGUGGCCACGAUCUGCUGCUGCUGCUGAAAUCUUCUGGUCUGGUCCUUAUGAUACUAAGCAAAAACGUCGUACCUUGGCUACUGUCCAGCCUCGUUUCAAUGAUUGGGUCUAUCGUCUUCAAGCUCGAGGCAUUGCUGCUCAACCUAAUCAACCCAAGUAUUGUGCAAAACAUCCCUAUGCCUGCGAUUUGUCUCCUCCACCUACUCAAUAAGGUUUUUUUUUUUUUUUUUUGUCUCUUGUGUCGUCAAUAGCUUAGUCUUCUAGUACUCCCUAUUAUUAUUCUUUAUACUCCUUUUUCUAUUAUUACCUCUUUUUUUUUAUAUACUUUUUAUAAUUUUUCUUUUUUGUAAUAGUCCUUCUGUUUUGUUUGUUUUACUAUGGCUCACUUUCUUUAGUAUACAAUAAAAUUAUUUGAUGUUCUAAACUAUUAAUAUUUUGUUUAAUAUUUUG